UUGAUUUUAAUCAGAGGGAGUGGAGAGAGGAGGGCAGGAACAACAGGAUGUGCCCUGAGUAGCAUAGAAACACGAGUCAGGGGAACUGGCACUAGGGCACGGGCAGGCGAAAACACAAGCUGGGGGAAAGUUUUGUGGCACUGGAGCCGAUCAUUGGAUGCCUGGAUCAACGUGCAGCAUGUAACAGAGGGUUGGAUAACACAGCUCUUUCAGAGCUCUGCAUGUGUUUUUGGUGAGGUGUAUAUGGUUGCUGCUGGGAUAUGGAUGGGCCGCCGGACGGGGACAGUUGUGGUGUCCCACUGACCUGGUGGAUUUCUGGGAGAUAGACUCAAGACGCAGUGGGAGCACCUCCUGGUUGCUUCUGCUCUUCCAGCCUCAGACAUGAACCUGGUGCUCCUGGCCUUCAGGCUGAUGUGCCUGGCCUGGCUGUGGCCUGUCACGCUGCUCAACGGCAGCCACCAACCCAAAAAGAUGAGGCACAAGGACGUGUACCUUGGGGAGAACAGCAAGAACCAACAUGGAGGACGAAUAGACUUUAAGAUGAAAAAGUCUGACAGCACCAAGUCCCUGCUAAUUAAAUCUGAACAGCUGCUCCGAAUCGAGGACCAUGACUUUGCAAUGCGGCCUGGCUUUGGAGGGGCAGCUAUUCCUGUGGGCAUAGACGUGCAGGUGGAAAGCAUUGACAGUAUAUCUGAAGUCAACAUGGACUUCACCAUGACUCUGUACCUGAGACACUACUGGCAGGACGACCGGCUGGCCUUUCCUUCCAGCAGCAAAAAGAGCCGGACAUUUGACGCUCGGCUGGUGAAGAAGAUCUGGGUACCGGACGUGUUCUUUGUCCACUCCAAACGUUCCUUCAUCCAUGACACGACCAUGGAGAACAUCAUGUUGAGGGUGUACCCUGACGGCAACAUUCUCUACAGUGUCAGGAUCACUGUGACUGCUCUUUGCGCCAUGGACUUCAGUAGUUUUCCUUUGGACACACAGAAAUGCUCUCUGGAACUGGAGAGCUAUGCGUACAAUGAGAACGACCUCAUGCUCUACUGGAAGAACGGGAACGAUUCAUUAAGGACUGAUGAGAUCGUUCUCUCACAGUUUUUUAUUGAAGAAUUCCACCCUUCCUACGGGCUUGCCUUCUACAGCAGCACGGGUUGGUAUAACAGGCUCUACAUAAACUUCAUCCUCAGGAGGCACAUCUUCUUCUUCAUGCUGCAGACCUAUUUCCCCACCAUGCUGAUGGUGAUGCUCUCCUGGGUGUCCUUCUGGAUUGACAGGAGGGCUGUGCCCGCCCGGGUCUCACUGGGUAUCACAACAGUUCUGACCAUGUCCACCAUCAUCACAGGCGUGUCAGCCUCCAUGCCUCAGGUGUCUUAUGUAAAAGCUGUGGACAUCUACCUGUGGGCCAGCUUUCUGUUUGUCUUCCUGUCCGUCAUUGAGUACGCCGCUGUCAACUACUUCACCACUGUGGAGGAGAUGAAGAAGCUCAAGGGGGGAAAGAUCCCUGCAGAUUUCAAUGCCACUCAAACUAUGGCUUUUGACGGAUGUUACCAUGACAAUGACAUUGACCUGACACCCUUCCCAGAGCUGCCCAGCACCCCCAACACAGAGCGGAGUCGGACGGCCACGUCGAGGAACUCUGCUGCAGAGCCCCCGCCCACAGAGGGCACCAGGCUACGACGCAAAAAAUCCAUCAAACACAACCUCAGCUUCAUCAUGAGUAACAGCUACAUGAUCGACUCCUACUCCAGAGUCAUCUUCCCCAUGACCUACCUGCUGUUCAACAUCAUCUACUGGAGUUUAUAUUCAUGAGUGUGUACUCUACUAAUAAAGAUUGACAGAACUAUACUACAGAACUACACUGAAGAACUAUACUAGAGAACUAUACUGCAGAACUACACCGCAGAACUACACCGCAGAACUACACCGCAGAACUAUACUGCAAAACCAUACUAGAGAACCAUACUAGAGAACUAUACUACAGAACUAUACUACAGAACUACACUGCAGAACUAUACUACAUAACUAUACUGCAGAACUAUAUUCCAUAAAUAUACUAGAUAACUAUACUACAGAAAUACACUACAUAACUAUACUACAGAACUACACAGCAUAACUACACUACAUAGCUAUACUACAGAACUAUAUUGCAGAAUUAUACUGCAGAACUAUACUACCAUACAUUAUCUAAUAGGUUAUUCACACUGACAACAGCAUCAUCAUCAAGCCGUUGUAUUCUGCCACCCACUGGAUUAUGACCUUAACCAUUGGUGUCGACCAGAGUGCAUUGUGGGAGUUUUGGACAGUCAAGCCCAACUGAAGGAAAGAGACUAUUGAGUAAACCUGCUUUUUAUUAGAAAUCUGGGUUCAGGUGGGAAGUUGGUGGUACUGUUCAUGGGAGUGUUUCUAUUGUAAUUAGGGUUGCAUACUGGUAAUUUACCAAAAUUGGCAGAUUAAUUAACAGGUAAUCUAUGGCAAUGGUAACUUUGGUAAUUUAUACUUGAAUAACUUUUGAAAAAAUGUAUUCAUAUGUAGUAAUCAUUUUUUAGAUAUGUGUCCAUAUUGUCCAUGAAUUUCUAGUGGAUAGACUAUGGUUGAAGAGAAAAUUGCCUAAUUUAAUUUUAAAAAGCAUCUAAUCAACAAUUACAUUAUUUUACAUUUACGUCAUUUAGCAGACGCUCUUAUCCAGAGCGACUUACAAAUGGUGCAUUCACCUUAUGAUAUCCAGUGGAACAACGACUUUACAAUAGUACAUCUAUA